UUCUUAGCCGAAGCUGUCUCGCGCAAGCUGCUCUUACAGCUCCAUGCGUUCUCCACACGUUCGUAAAACUCGAUCGUAAAUGCAUCGCUCAUGUCCCGAUUCUGGUAAGGCCGGAUAGGAUGAAGGUCGCCUUUGUCACCGUCACACAUGCUGUCGUCGUGAUUAUAGCCACGGAAUUGGAGCACGUUAAGGCCAGAAGAAGUAACAGCGUGGCUGGGGCCUACACACCGGGAAUAGGACUAAUUUAUUUGGGUAUACCAAGAAAAGACACCCCAUUAUUGCAUAAACCACCGCAGUCAUGGACGAAAAAAGCAAAGGGACCACGAUAUCUUGUCGGAAAGCCUGGAUCAUAUUUUGUGGGAAAUCGCCCGAGAUACGCCCGGGGGAGGAAACUGAAGAAGCUGGCAACACACCGGAGCGGGAAGAACAAGCCAAUAGGCAAGCAUACAACAAUGCACAAGAAAUCAGAGCAUGAGGGCAAAGAAAACGAUCACUCGCCCGCAGCCAAUGGGCAUCAGAAUGGAACUGAAGCUACCGGAGGUGGAAACGGUAGAACGAUGGACCCAGUGGGCAUGGGAAUGGGUAUGGGAAGGAGCAUGGGAAUGGGCAUGGGAAUGGGUAGAAUGAUGGGCCUCAUGAUGGCAAACGAAAUAGGCAAAAGUGUUGCUAAUGCAGCCGUGGACAUAACGAAGGAGAUUGUUGCAGCAAACCGAGCUGCUCAGGCUUUAGCAGCCGCAGCCAAAGGUCACGGUGCUGCGGAUACGGGUGAAAAAGGUGGAGCGGAUGCAGGUGACAAGGGAGGUGAUGAAGGGGAUAAGAAGGAUUCCAAGGACGCGAAGAAUUCUAAAGAUGGCGCAGAAGAAGGUGGUACUACUGAGAAAAAGGCAGGAAAGGAUAAGAAGGAGUCGAAAGAUGCGAAGGAUUCGAAAGCUGCAACAGGAGGAACUAGCUCAUCGGACAAAAAGUCAGCUUGACUCGGUAUCGCCACGCCGCCCCAGCCGGGAUCAGCACUCGAGAUGGAAAUGGCCUGCGAGAAUGACUAAAUGGUCCAUCAUAUCACACGAUCUUCUAGGAACAAACUGGAAGUCAGUUUAUACUCCCUGAUAUGAGGCGUGCGAUAGUUUGCCCCAACCCUUCAUACGCCUGGAAGUCAUGCCUGUAAAUAAAGACGU